UUGAUUCAUCUGACGAACGGAUCACAACCGCUUGAUCGAAUCGAGAUGGGUGCUCUUUCCUUCAUGGUUUUUCUCUACCUAUCAUCAUUGUCGAACGCAUAUAAUCUUGGAAAAGUGGCAACAACUGAACAAUUAAGCAAUUUCGUCAAUAUUAUUAAAAUACCGAAAGAAAUUCACAAUGAUAACAGGGAAAUCAAAUUAGAGAUUGUGGAUGGCUCUACGAAUCCGUUGAUAAUAUCAAAACCUGUAGUUUCCAUAAGAGACCCAACGAAACUGAACGUAGAUUUUCAAGCUAAAGUUGAAUCGAAAAAUCUUCCCUUAAGUUCCAUUCGAGGAGACGUCUCAACGAAUGUCCAGCUUGCGAAUCAAGCGAAAUGGUUACAAGACACAUUAUCAAGCAAAAGUAAAGCUUCUAAAGAAUUUUCGUCGGAAGAGGAAUGGGUUAAAAUUCCAAUAAGGAGUCCUAGAGACAAGAAAGAAAAACAGGAAGAACGUGAAUAUUUUUAUCUAUACGUUCCAGAUAUUAAGGAUACAUUAAGAGAUAAGUUUACCAAGGCGAGUAUGCAGCUUGGAUUAGUCGGUAUCACAUCGAAGAAAGACACGGACGAGAACGUGAACAAGAUCGAUGCCUUGAUCAUCAAUAAUCGCUCAAGAGGGAAGAAAAAUUAUAUCUAGCUCUGUAAAAGAUUAAUCGACGGAUCGAUAACGAGUUUGAUACAGAAACUGCAUGGCAAGGACUGCGUGAAGCUCCCGAAAAGUGAAUUUUAUCUUGAAUCAAAUACGAAGAACGUGAAUUGGAAGGACAGCACGGUUAAGCUGAUAGGAUUAAAAAUCGGAACGAAAACUGGCAACGGAAAGGUAAUCCUUCAAGACUUCGGGAGUGGAAGUAACAAAAAUAAACAGCGGAACGGAGUGAUGGAUAUCGAAACUUCAAUUUUAGAUACUUUAGCUAAUUACGAUGAAUCGAGCAUGAAAGCGACCGACAAGCAUGGAACGGGUCUAAACAUCAAGGUGCCUUUAACCGAUGAUAUAAUCGCUAAUCUUUUGCACAACAGUAAACUUUCGCUAUCCGCGUCAACCGCAUUAAAAGUGUGAGAGAGUAAUAAUUAACGAUUGAGUCCGUUAGCUAUUUAAUUUACAGCUUCGAUUAAUUAUUUAUACACAUAUAUGUAUAUAUGUAUUGUAUUUAUAUGUGUACAAAAAAUAAAGACAUUCAUACUGUUAAACACGUUUUAAUUCGGAGAUUCACGAGGAAAAAACUUUUAAAACGAAACAUGUACGCGUAUUAAAAUAGCAAAGCAUAGUUUGC